AUGCAUGACUGUGAACCGACACGAACUGCGAUCAUAACAACGUCCGAGUUCCGACGUCCGACAUCCGAGUGCCGACCCGUCAACAGCCUCUUCCCUCCCUCGCUCUUCUGGCGUGGCGUGGCCUGGGACAAGAGCGAGAACGAGGACCAGCCAGCCCAGACCCAAAAUAUAACCCAAAUUGCCCUCCUCGAUCCUACGCUCCCUCGUCCACCCAUCACAACUCUCCUUCGUGUGCACCACGAUAACUGCCUGUUGAUAUAUCCCAACUCCCAACUCCCCACUCCCAACUUCCCAACUUCCCAACUUCCUGCUUCCGUCAACAUCGCCGCCGGCAUGGCCAAUAUCACUUUGGCUGCCGCGCACGAUCUGCCGCCCCUGCCCUCAUAUACGCUCUCUCCGGUCCAGCCGCUCAUCCCUUACAUGUCCGACUUUACGCUUUCCCUCGUCCUGCUGCCCCUCAUAUACUGGAUAGCCUCGUUUUUCUUCCACAUCAUCGACGUCUACGAUAUAUGGCCGCAGUACCGACUCCACACGCCCGCCGAGAUACUCAAGAGGAACCAUGUCUCGCGAUAUGAAGUGGCACGCGACGUGAUCAUACAGCAGGUCAUCCAGACCAUCGUUGCCGCGAUCCUGGGCUUGACGGAGGAGCCGGAUAUGACGGGGAAGGACGAUUACAACAUCGCAUGCUGGGCGACGAGGUUACGGAUCGCGCAAAGGGCUCUGCCGCAGCUCCUUGGCCUGAUCGGGCUCAACGCAGCCGCAAUCUCCAAGAACAUGUCCGGUACACACCCAAUGCUAGCCGCAGUGCUCGCCGGUGGGAAGUACCCUUCCUUGACCGUCGGACUGGACGUCGUGGGCGGAUCCUCAGCGCCGGCGUUUGCGGCUUGGGAGAUGGCUGUCGCAAAGGCUUUGUACUGGUACAUGGUCCCCGCUCUGCAGUUCUUCGUCGCCGUCGUCAUUGUGGAUACCUGGCAGUACUUCCUGCAUCGCGCCAUGCAUGUCAACAAGUGGCUCUACACACAAUUCCACUCCCGCCACCACCGGCUCUACGUCCCCUACGCCUACGGCGCUCUGUAUAACCACCCCUUCGAAGGCUUCCUCCUUGAUACCCUCGGCGCCAGCAUUGCCUACAAAGUCGCCGGCCUGACCCCGCGACAAGGCAUGAUCUUCUUUUCGCUAUCUACGUUGAAGACCGUGGAUGACCAUUGCGGCUAUGCGCUGCCCUGGGACCCGAUCCAACACCUCACCAGCAAUAAUGCCGGAUACCACGAUAUCCAUCACCAGAGUUGGGGCAUCAAGACGAAUUUCUCGCAGCCCUUCUUUACGUUCUGGGACGGGCUACUGGGCACGAUGUGGAAGGGCGACACGACGUCGCGGUAUGCACGAGAUCGCAAGGCGGCACAGCUCAAAGUCGAUGCCGACAACGUCAAAUUGUCAUAG